CCUUGUACCUCCUUGGGUAUUUCUUUAGUUGCGUGUUGAAGUGGAGAAAGAACUUGAUGCUUAAGUUUUUAUAUAAAACCAAUCAAUACUUUUGCCUAAACCGUCUCCUCCGAGCAUAAAUGGCACCAAUUAUUCCACACGCCACAAACUGAGGGCAACCUGGAAAGAAAUUGCAGAGCAACCAUGGCAGUGGUUGGGGGCAUGCUUGCUUCUGCCGUCCUCAAGGUGGUGACCCAGCAGAUUGGGGCCGCCAUUGGAAAUCAAGCCAGGCUGCAGUGGAAUUUCAAAAACGACCUUGAAAAGUUGAGGAUGCUGCUGGAGUCGGUAGCGGUGGUGCUCGUGGAUGCUGAGAGGCGGUCUAUCAAGGAUGCGGCAGUGCGUCUGUGGCUUGAUCGCCUGAAGAACGCCAUGUAUGACAGCUCCAAUCUGAUUGAUGAAUUCGAAGCCAACAUCAAACCAGCUUCCCGAAAGUUGGCAAUUAUGGUUCCCUGUCAUACAGUUGUUUCCAAGAUUGCUAUGGGUAAUAAGAUGAAGAAGAUUAGAGAGGAACUAGAGGCCAUCACAAGUCAACACCAGAGUUUUAGUUUUGCAACAGACAGUAGCUCUGACGUACAGCGAUUUGUCGAUGUACGGGAAACAUCAUCAAAUGUCGAAGAAGCACUCAUAGUAGGAAGACUUCAGGAAAGACGUAAAAUCUUUGCUUCCUUAUCGAAGAGCAUGGCCCAAGAGACCAUCCUUCCAAUAUAUGGCAUUGGAGGCAUUGGCAAGACAACCUUAGCACAAUGGGUUUUCAAUUCUAGCCACUUCAAAGACUAUUGCAAGGUCUGGAUUUAUGUGUCCCAGAAUUUUGACUUGAAUAAAAUUGGCAACUCCAUAAUUUCGCAAGUUUCAAAUGAGCAGAUCCAGAUGACUGAAAGGCAGAUGAUACAUAAUCGCCUUGCAAAGGUACUUGCUGGUAAGAAGAUUCUGAUUGUUUUAGAUGACCUGUGGGAGAAGGAUCCAUCUCGGUUAGAAGAUUUGCAAUGUAUGCUAAAGGUUGACAAGGGGCACAAGGUGGUUGUAGUAACCACUCGUGAUGAAGAGAUUGCAAUGAAAAUGUGUACAGUUGAACCAUUCAAGAUGGAGCCCUUAACAAAUGAUCUUUGCUGGACAAUAAUUAAACAAAAAUGUGCCUUCGAAGCUAGAGGUGAUAAAGAAAGUUUGGAACUGGUAGGGAGGGAGAUCGCAAAGAAGUGCGGAGGUGUGGCGUUAGCAGCUCAAUCUAUUGGGUACAUGCUACGGUCUAUGACAUUUGAUGAAUGGAGAUUGGUGGAAAAGAGUGAAAUAUGGAACAUACUUGCUGCUGAAGAUGCAUCUUCACCUCAUCAUGUGCAUGCAUCCUUGAAGUUAAGCUAUAGCAGUAUGCCGCCACUGUUAAAGUUAUGCUUUGCUUAUUGUGCAACCUUUGCUAAAGGUCAAAAUAUAGUUAAGGAUGAUCUGAUUCAUCAAUGGAGGGCUCUUGAUUUCAUCAAGCCAGUGAACAUAUUCUCUACUUGGCAGAUUGGUGAGAAUUAUGUUAGUCAUCUAUUGGGCAUGUCCUUCCUUCAACAUUCAAAGUCAGGUUUGACUGGUCAAUUGCACAACAAAGAUGUUACAUUGUUCACCAUGCAUGACCUGGUGCAUGACCUUGCAAGAUCAGUCAUGGCUAAUGAAGUUCUGGAUGCUAGCAAAAAUGGAAAUAUUGGAGGAAGCAGUUGCCUGUAUGCAUUGCUCACAGAUUGCAGCAAGCCAUUGAAUUUAUCUAUUAUUUGUCCUGCGAAGUUAAGGACUCUACGUUUUCUGGACUGUGGCAAAAUUGUUGUUUGUGGGGCUGCAUUUUCGUCAGCUAAGUACCUGCGGGUCUUAGAUUUAAAGGAAUGCUCGUUACAGAAGUUGCCACGUUCUAUUGGUAGACUGAAGCAUUUGAGAUAUCUUAGUGCUCCGCAGGUGCAUGAUCGAAUGAUCCCCAAGUGUAUCACAAAGCUCUCAAAAUUGAACUACCUAAACUUAUGUGGAUCUUCUAAUCUUUCAGCAUUGCCGGAGUCAAUUGGCAAUAUCGAAGAUCUAAUGCAUCUUGAUUUAUCAGGUUGUUGGAGAUUAGAGAAACUCCCGAAAUCAUUUGUAAAGCUUAAAGCAUUGGUGCAUCUGGAUUUAUCACAAUGUUAUAUGGUUAAUGGUAUCCCGGAAGCUUUGCGAGUCCUUACCAAACUCCAACAUUUGAAUUUGGCACUGCGUUAUUGGAUCCAAGCAGACAGACAUCAUCUCAGCGGGCUACCAGAAGUCAUUGUCAAUCUCACUGAACUCCGGUAUUUAAAUCUAUCACGGUGCAUUCGUGCUAUCUUUGGUGUCUCAUUAACAGAUCAAAUUGAAAGUUCCACUCGCCGGUGUUCUUUGUCUGACAAUUCAUUAACAGAUCCAAUUGACAAUUUCAUGGGCCAUAUCUGUGCCCUUUCCAAUCUAGAGCAUCUGGACUUGUCUGAGAAUAUAUAUCUUGUUAGUAUACCUGAAUGUAUUGGCAGCCUUAGGAAGCUACACACACUGGACCUUUCAGGUUGCGACGAACUAGCAAGGCUUCCAGACAGUAUGGUUAACAUGGAUAAUCUGAAGGUUCUUAAUGUCAAGGGCUGCCACGAACUGGAUAAUUCCAUUCUCUCUGGCUUCAAGUUUUUUGCCUUGUUGCCACACUUUGUGGUGCAUGCCGGUGAUGAUGAAUCUAGCAAUUUUGUCCUGCUUCAGCAUGCAAAUCCUGAUGAACUGCACAUAAGUAGAAUUGAAAAUGUGAAAUCUACAGAAGAGGUGCAGAGUAUAAAGCUGAUGGAAAAACAAAGAAUUGUAGAAUUGAAAUUGGAGUGGACUGUAUAUGCUGAGAAGUACGUGGAUGAUAUGGAAGUGUUGAGAGAGUUAGUGCCACCUUUCACUUUAAAGAAGUUUGAGAUACGAGGUUAUGAUUGUGUCGGCUUUCCAGCUUGGGUAUUGGAUAUUAGUCAUUACCUCCCAAAUCUUAUCAGCAUUACGAUGGUUUAUUUGCCCAAAUGUAGCAACCUACCACCACUCGGGCAAUUACCAAACCUACAAUCAUUGGUACUCGAAAGAAUGGACAACAUUGUGAAAAUUGAUGAGGGCUUCAACGGUGGAGCGAGAGCAUUUCCUCGACUGGAGAGAUUUGAACUAACUGGCAUGGAAAGCCUGGAGGAAUGGAUCACGAUAUACUCCAGUGGUGAGGAUGGUACGAACAAGCUCAUGUUCCCCAACCUUGUCAGACUGAAGAUACGUGAUUGCCCUAAGUUGAGGUUGAGACCCUGUCUCCCUAGAGCUGCCUACUGGGUGAUAUGGAACAGUGAUAAUGUACUGUUGUCACGGGGAGAGAGUGUGCCGCGAACCGAUGCUUCCUCUUCUCCAAUAACUAAAAUAGAUGUUGGAUCCUGUAAGCUGCCUCUACAUCAGUGGAGAUUGCUUCACCACCUCCCAGGGCUCUCUAAAUUAAUUAUCAGCGAUUGCAAUGAUCUGACCAGCUCUUCAGAUAUCAUCCGAGCCCUAUCACCCCUCCAAUCACUACAUUUGUCCUCUUGGAAAAUCAUGACAUCACCACCACUCUGGUUAGGAGAACUCAACUCUCUCAAGAAACUUGAGAUCUGGGGAUUUAAGGGCAUUGGUUCUUUUCCGGAAAUCAUACAACAGCUCACCAACCUCAGAGAAUUACAAACAUUUUUCUGCCCUGAACUAAAGCAGUGGUGUGAAUCAAAGGAGAACAAGCUCAAACUUGCUCACAUAGAAGAAAUGAAUCUUUGGUAGUUUUAACAAGCCAGAUAAUGUGCUACGUGCACCACGCUCCAGAGACAGGAGGAAAUUGUGGACCAUUCAAAUUCACAACUUCAGAAGACAGUCGUCAGUAGCAAUGCGACUACAAAAUGUGGCAACUAUUAACUGAGACCCCAACACAAGUCUAGCAAGGUAAUCAGUUUGUUUUGCCAUCAUGAAAAUGCGGCGCACCCUUGAUUCGAUGCCACCUGAUAGGUUCUAAAUGAUUUCACACAACCUCCUCUGUUCUGCCUCAUGGAACUGGGUUUUUUCAGGGAGUUCUUUUGCAACAGAUUUGUAGGGGACCUCUUUUAAUCCUGUACUACUGUUCUAUUCAGCCCAUUAUAAUACCGAGGAACUUUAUUCUUCA